GCUGUCGCCCUGAGUGUACGUACCUGCUUUUGCUUCGACCACCAUCUAUGAUUCUCCACUGCUCUGAAUGAAUCAGUCACGAAACCACAAUGCACCAGAAAUGGAAAACCUAUUUGAGAAAGAACCUAUGGCUUUGAAUGAUAAAAUGCUGAGUCAUGAAAACCUUGUUCGCAGCCAUGAUGUUCCAAGAGAAUCAGCUAGUUCAUUAUGCCAAAAGAAAAGCAGAAGAAACAACCCAUUUCAAGAAAAAAGUAUGUAUUUGCGAAAAGUUUAUAUUGUAUGUGACCCCAUUUUUUUAAGGUAUUAUAUACUAAAUUUUUUCUUUCAGCGCAGAGGACUUUUCACUGAAGACGCUUUUCCAGAGGAGCUUACUCACAUGGGAAACAAUGUCUUUGUGGGACCCAGCAUUUACAAGGGAAAAGUUACUGUGCACAUCCGAGAGUAUGCCAAAUAUGGUAAAGCUUACUAUCCGACAAGACGAGGUGUGAACUUUGAGCCAUGGUGUUUGAAUGUUCUCGCAACCAACAUGACAGUGGACGAACAAGACCUGCUGGUACUCAAUCUGGAGUUGCCCAAGAACUUUGUAGUCACGUAUAAGGAUUCCCACCUUCACUCUGAAGCAAGGAGCUCAAGGAGAAUGAAAAAAGUAACCUCAGCAUUACAACUACGCAGUGGGAAGAACUGAUGACCAACUUUAGCCGUAUCAGCGACAUUGUCACCAACCUUGUUUAUAAAAACAUGAACUUUUGUGAAGCCUACGAAAGCAUAUCCGACGAACCUGUUAAGAGGGAAAAUCUGCCCCAAUCCUUCGAAAUUUCUAUGGGAAGAACACGUUUCCAAAUUAUUCUAAAGACGUAGCUUGAAGAGCUUCUUAACCAACAAGAAGAACUAAAAUAUCCCAAGCUCUUUCAUAAAACAGAACUUGUUCAUAAGAAGAACUAAUUCUUAAAAACUCAUUCAUAAAACAGAAACUGUGAAUGCCAUUGCUCUGAGGUUCAAUGCUGUUGACAUCGCCAGACAAUUUUUACGGAAAUAUUUGGGCUGAAGAAUCCUAUUUAAUGUUACUGAAACGUAUUCACUACAUUACCAAGGACUGUUUAAAAUCUGUGUGUUUAAACUAUGUACUCGAUGAAGAAAGAAACACAUUUUGUACUACGA